AUGGGCCACUACGGAGACUACGGCACAGGUGCAACGACCAAGAUCAAUGCGACCAUUGAUGCUUUGCGGAAGACGCCUCGCAUAAGCCCAUUCGUGAAUCGAUUUAUCAGUGGGUUCGACAUCACCUUCAUCUCUGCUAUUGAUGCCGGAGAAAACGAGUUCAUCUGUGAUGCUCCCGUCAGCAUAGUCUAUCUGAAGAUACCGGGCAUUAACGGGGAAGACGAAGACAACGAGCCGCGUGCUGCAUGCUCUCUUCGAGUUCCAACGGGGGUCAAGGUCGAGGAUCUCGUGGACGGCGCAGCUCUGCUCAAGAAGGACAUGACAUACGCCGGUCAUGAUAUUGUACCUGUUGGCUUAGAACUGAGGUGCGAGGAGAUGCCGGGUCCGGAGUAUUGGAUUCAGCGAAAGACGAGGGAGACGAUGGGGGACACGUACAUGGACUGGGACAGUCACCUUUGGGAAGAAUUACCAUGGCAUCGGGCGGACUGCUUUGAUGAUAGCUGGCCGCAAUGA